CGCGGCGGGCGGGCGCGUGGAGCGGGGCGCGGCGUGGGGCCGGCCGUGACGCGCCGCUGGCCCGCGAGCCCGGGCGCGGGGGAGCCCCCGCGGCGCGGAGAUGCGCGGGGCGGCCGCGCUGCUGCUGUGCCUGCUGGGCUGCCACGUCGGGACGGCGCGGAGCAGGACGCCGCGAGCCCCAGCCGUCACCCUGAAGGUCCACGUCAGCGACGCCAGCACCCACCAGCCCAUUCCGGAGGCCCUCAUCGAGGUGUUCAACAACCAGGUGCCCGUCGCCUCGGGCACCUCAGGGACAGAUGGCGUCGCCUUCAUCAAGUUCCAGUACAGGCUGGGCACUCCACUAAUGGUCACCGCCUCGAAGCACGCCUACGUCCCCAACUCGGCCCCAUGGAAGCCCGUGCGCUUGCCCGUGUUCUCAUCGCUGAGCCUCGGCCUGCUGCCUGAGCGGCCCGCCACCCUCAUGGUCUAUGAAGACGUUGUCCAGAUCGUCUCAGGCUUCCAAGGCGCCCGGCCGCAGCCCCGUGUGCACUUCCAGCGGCGCGCCCUGCACCUGCCUGACAAUACCAGCUACAGCGACCUGACCGCCUUCCUCACGGCCGCCAGCAGCCCCGCCGAGGUGGACAGCUUCCCCUACCUGCGCGGGCUGGAUGGCAACAGCACAGGGAAUGGCACCCGGCAUGACCUCACGCCUGUCACAGCCGUCAGUGUGCACCUGCUGGGCAGCGAUGGGACGCCAGUGCUGGUGGAUGGGCCCAUGUACGUCACCGUGCCACUGUCCACGCACAGCAGCCUGAGACACAAUGGCUACGUGGCCGCAUGGCGGUUUGAUCAGAAACUGGGAACGUGGCUGAAGAGCGGUCUGGGUCUCGUGCACCAGGAGGGCAGCCAGCUGACGUGGACAUACAUCGCCCCACAGCUGGGCUACUGGGCUGCCGCCAUGUCACCUCCCAAUCCAGGUCCCAUUGUCACCCAAGACAUCACGGCGUAUCACACGCUCUUCCUCCUGGCCAUCUUAGGCGGGAUGGCUUUCAUCCUCCUGGUUCUGCUGUGCCUCCUUUUGUAUUACUGCAGGCGGAAAUGCUUGAAGCCUCGCCAGCAUCACCGGAAGCUGCACCUCCCGGCCACGCUGGAGAGCUCCAAGAGGGAUCAAUCCACGUCCAUGUCGCACAUCAACUUGCUCUUCUCCCGCCGGGGGGAGUCCGAGUUCCCGGGGCCGCUCUCAGUCAGCGGCCACGGCCGGCCAGACGCGCCGGGCUCCAAGGAGCUGCUGGGAGGCGUCCCCCGGGAGCUGCUUUCACCAGGUGGCGAGGGGGACCUGCACGCGCCUGUGCUGAAGCUGGCCUACAGCACCUCACAGGACUUCAGCUCCCGGGAGGAGCUGCUGUCGCAUCAGGACCACGACAAGAGCCAGGGCUCCUUUGACAACCUGACGCCCAGCGGGACGCUGGGCAAAUCGGUGGAGCUUUUCCCGCUCAAGUCCCGGCGGUCCCUGGAGAGGGACAGCUACGAGUCGCCCAGCCACGGCGACUACCGGCGCAGCUACAACGCCAUGCUCUCACAGCCACUCUUUGACAGGCCCGAGCGGGACAGCCAGGCGUCCCUGGCGGUGGGCAGCAAGCUGACCAUCCAGGAGCACCUCUACCCCACGCCCUCCUCGCCCGAGAAGGAGCAGCUACUGGACCGCCGGCCGGCCACGGAGUGUCUGAUGUCACGUUCCGUGGACCACCUGGAAAGACCCUCUUCUUUCCCGCGGCCCGGCCAGCUCAUCUGCUGCAGUUCCGUGGACCAGGUCAACGACAGCGUGUACCGGAAGGUCCUGCCCGCCUUAGUCAUCCCGGCGCACUACAUGAAGCUCCCUGGCGACCACUCCUACGUGGGCCAGCCCCUGGUGGUGCCCGCCGACCAGCAGCUGGACAUCGAGAGGCUGCAGGCGGAGCUCUACCCGCACCCCGCCGGCCCAAUCCCCGGGCAGCCCCUGUCGUGCCAGGCCGUGUCGCAGCAGCACCUGCAGGAGGCAGGCGCGCGCGUGUCCGAGUCCCUGUCCAUCCCCGCGUCCCUGAACGAGGCGGCGCUGGCGCAGAUGAACAGUGAGGUCCAGCUGCUGACCGAGAAGGCGCUGAUGGAGCUGGGGGGCGGCAAGCCGCUGCCGCACCCCCGCGCCUGGUUCGUCUCCCUGGACGGCCGCUCCAACGCGCACGUGCGACACUCCUACAUCGACCUCCAAAGAGCCGGCAGGAACGGCAGCAACGACGCCAGCCUGGACUCGGGCGUGGACAUGAACGAGCCCAAGGCGGCCCGCAAGGGGCGAGGGGACGCCCUGGCCCUGCCGCAGAGCCACCCCCCGCUCCAGGAGCACGCUGCCAAGGAGUCCCGGGCGGCCGACGGCGCCGCCUACGCGCAGCUGGUGCACCGGGAGCGCGCGCUGGACCCGGGAGGCGGCGAGGGGGGCGCCGCGGCGUGCGCCCCCGAGGACAGCGCGCUGCGGUGCCUGCUGGACAGCGGGGGCCGGCGGAGCGGCGGGCAGCUGCCCAGCCUGCAGGAGGAAACCACCAGACGAACUGCCGACGUCCCCGCGGCCGAGCCCGGGGGCGCCCCCCAAGCGCCCAGACCUGCCCGGGAGGAAGAGGAAGAGGAUGAUGAGGACGACGACGACGACGAUGACCAAGGCGAGGACAAGAAGAGCCCCUGGCAGCGGCGGGAGGAGAGGCCCCUGAUGGCGUUCAAUAUCAAAUGAGCCCGAGCAGGGUCUGGCGCCCCCCACCCCCAAGGGGUCUCCUUUCACUCAGUGACAUCUCUGCUACAUCCCAGCCUUUGAAUGAAAUUUCUCUCCGCCAAGAGUCCUUCAAUUCCGGUCCCAGUAACUCCAAGUGCCUUUUUUACAGUGAUAACAGACAGUCCCUCAAAAGAAAAGAAAAAAAAAAGAAGGAAAAACAGAAAUUUUGCUUUUGUAUUUUUUCCCCUUAACCCCUUUAAGUGAACUGCCUGGAUUUUAUCAAGUGAUGAAAUGCUGUCCUUUCUGUUUUUGACUGCAUGCGGCCACGGAGCUCUUUCGAGAGGGCAGGAUUCUCAUUUCAGCGUGUGUGCUUCCUGGAGGCUUCUGAUGCGCCCAGGUAGACGAGAGGACACUUCACAGGGACUCUGCCGUUUCCCCGCCCCGUGGCUACCAGCCACCUUACGGUUUUUUGCCUGUUUGUGUAGACGGUUAUGUAUUCCCCCACCCCCACCCCCCGCCCGGGAAUCCUCCAAUCCUCCGGGCAGCUCUUGCUCACCCAGCCUGAGUGAUGGGCUGGGCGAGGGGACCAAAUGUGACAAACAAAUCUCAUGUACUCUCCGAAAGUGCCGGAAUCACUCUCUGUGCAUCCUCCUUAAACAGCUGCUUGGUGAUCCAAAAAUGAAAAGUCAAAAUAAACUUCAAAGGAAAAUUUAAAAAAAAAAAAA